AUGAUUCCGAGGCAAGCUCUCAGGCAUUUCCCUCAUGCAAGGUUGGCGGCUUGUGGUGGUCGUCAACUCCUUGUACGGGCCCUGGCUACUCCUGCAUCUCCACCUUCUCCUAAUGACCCUUUUGCCAACGGCACUAAUGCAUAUUAUGCUGAAGAAAUGUAUAAGCACUGGAGGAAUGACCCCAAAUCCGUUCACGCCUCUUGGGACGUCUAUUUCUCCGGACUGGAUCAAGGACUACCCAGUGCCAAAGCCUUUCAACCACCUCCGAGCCUCAUGGCCCCUCCAGCUGAUGGUGCUCCCGCUCUUCAUGCAGGAGGUGGGGCAGAACUUGAUGAUCAUUUAAAGGUACAAUUGCUGGUGCGAGCAUAUCAAGUUCGUGGACAUCACGUUGCUGAACUCGACCCGCUUGGUAUUCUCGAUGCUGACUUGGCCGAUGUCCACCCUCCAGAGCUAGAGCUCAGCCGUUAUGGUUUUACGGAACGCGAUUUAGACAAACAAAUUGCUCUUGGCCCGGGCAUCCUUCCGCAUUUUGCUACUGAGGAUCGUAAAACUAUGUCUCUAAGGGAAAUCAUCAAGUUACUCAAACGCAUAUAUUGUGGCGCUGUUGGCAUCCAAUACGUCCACAUUCCAGACAAGGAACAAUGCGACUGGAUCAGAGAGCGGGUUGAAAUCCCAAAACCGUGGAAUUACACCUUAGAAGAAAAGCGUAUGAUUCUUGAUCGACUCAUAUGGUCGGAAUCAUUCGAGAAAUUCAUCGCCAGCAAAUACCCAAACGAGAAGCGAUUUGGGUUGGAGGGAUGUGAAGCACUGAUACCUGGUAUGAAGGCCUUGAUUGAUCGUUCUGUAGAUCAUGGAGUAAAGCAUGUGACCAUCGGGAUGCCUCACCGCGGACGUCUCAACGUUCUGGGCAACGUUAUCCGAAAGCCUACAGAAGCUAUCUUGAAUGAGUUUUCCGGCUCACAGUCGGAUGACUCACCCGCAGGAGACGUGAAGUACCAUCUGGGUGCUAAUUAUGUGCGUCCUACUCCUUCUGGGAAGAAGGUCUCUCUUUCCCUUGUCGCCAAUCCGUCACACCUGGAAGCCGGCGAUCCUGUUGUGCUUGGGAAGACUUUUGCGAUUCAAAAUCUAGAACAGGACGAAACUACCCACAAUACAGCAAUGGGCGUAUUGUUACAUGGUGAUGCUGCCUUUGCGGGACAGGGUAUAGUUUACGAAACCAUGGGAUUUCAUAACCUUCCGAACUAUGGCACUGGCGGCACCAUACACCUCAUUGUAAACAACCAAAUAGGUUUUACAACGGAUCCGCGUUUUGCUCGCUCUACUCCUUAUCCUUCCGAUAUAGCGAAGUCUAUAGAUGCUCCAAUCUUCCAUGUUAACGGCGAUAACGUUGAAGCUGUAAAUUUCGUCUGUCAACUAGCCGCUGACUACCGGGCCAAGUACAAGCGUGAUGUCGUCGUCGAUAUUGUCUGCUAUCGUCGCUAUGGCCACAACGAAACUGAUCAGCCUAGUUUCACACAGCCCCGAAUGUAUCAAGCCAUCGAAAAACAGCCCACCCCACUCACUCAGUAUGCUAAGUUCUUAAUUGGUAGGGGCACUUUUACCGAGAAAGACAUUGAGGAGCACAAGAAAUGGGUUUGGGGGAUGCUGGAAAAAGCUGCUGGUGCUGCGAAGGAUUAUGUUCCUACCAGUAAGGAGUGGCUCUCCGCUUCAUGGCAAGGGUUCCCUUCCCCUCGACAAUUGGCAGAAGAGACAUUACCCACGCGUGCCACGGGUUCGGAUGAAGAGACCCUCAAGCGCAUUGGAAAGGCAAUUUCUCAAUAUCCUUCUGGUUUCACUCCACAUCGUAAUCUUGCUCGCAUUCUCAGUACUCGUGGGAAAACAGUUGAGGAAGGCCGCAACAUCGAUUGGUCCACUGCAGAAGCGCUCGCGUUUGGCUCACUGGCGCUAGAAAAGAUACACGUUCGCGUGUCUGGGCAGGAUGUAGAACGAGGCACAUUCUCUCAACGUCACGCUGUAAUUCAUGAUCAGGUCAACGAACAACAGUAUAUUCCACUGAAUGAUCUCGGGUCGAAUCAGGCUCGAUUCGUCGUUUGCAACUCGUCACUUUCAGAGUAUGGUACACUUGGCUUCGAGCUUGGUUAUUCUCUCGUCUCUCCUAGUUCAUUAACUAUUUGGGAAGCUCAAUUUGGUGACUUUGCCAACAACGCCCAGUGUAUCAUCGAUCAAUUCAUUGCCGCUGGGGAGCGGAAGUGGUUGCAACGAACCGGUUUGGUUAUGAGCUUACCCCAUGGUUAUGACGGUCAAGGACCAGAGCACUCGAGUGGUAGGAUAGAGCGUUUCCUACAGCUCUGCGAUGACCAUCCUCACUUGUAUCCGACACCAAAGAAAAUAGAGAGGCAACACCAAGAUUGUAAUAUGCAAGUUGUGUAUCCAACGACUCCGGCUAAUUAUUUCCACGUUCUUCGCCGACAGAUUCACCGCGAUUUCCGUAAACCUCUUAUUUUGUUUUUCUCCAAAUCGUUACUUCGCCAUCCUCGGGCCAGGUCUGAUCUCACGGAAAUGAUCGGUGACACCCACUUCCAGCGGUAUAUUGGUGAUCCCCAUCCAAAUGACCUUGUUCAGCCAGAGAAUGUUCGACGUCACAUCUUAUGUACUGGUCAAGUGUAUCAUGCACUUUUGCAAGAACGUGAAGAUAAGGGUAUUAAGGAUGUUGCUAUCAGUCGAAUCGAACAAUUGUCUCCCUUUCCUUACGAUCUUAUUACUCCCCAUCUCGACAAAUAUCCUAAUGCUGACCUUCUCUGGUGCCAGGAGGAGCCGUUGAACAAUGGAGCAUGGACGUAUGUAGGCCCACGUAUCCUUACCGCAGCCAAUGAAACUCAGUACCAUCGUGGUAAAUAUCCUUACUAUGCUGGACGAGAGCCUACAAGUUCAGUUGCCACAGGUAGUAAAAUUCAGCAUAAGAAGGAGAUCGAGGAGUUCCUGGCGGCCGCAUUUGCUACGUAG